CACUCCUGUAAACCAUCGUAUAUACUUAUACACACGGCUUUGCCAAGACACUGGGAACAAGGUACGGACCAUUCCAGAGUGUUGCGAGGGGCUCCUCGGACGGCUGCAAGACUCGCCAUCAGCGGCAUUUGCGUCUCAUCGUCCGGGAUUGGCAUCAGAGCUCCAGAGAAGUAGCCAUCAUUUCCACUUGUCCCCACACUAGCUGCUCAAUAUGAAGUGCCUACCCCUCUACCUUCUCUUGCUCCCUCUUGCAGUGAGUGAUCACAACAGUAGGGCAGGAUAUUUUGUCGAGGCCAACUUUCUCUGGUACAACAACUCCCUGGACUCAUAUCCGUAUGUCCCCAGCGGUGAUGAAGGUUGCUGCUUUUCACAGAGAAACUGCUCUGAGGAUUGUGUCACUCAGCAGCGCAUCUGCUUCAAGGACUAUGAAUCCGUCAAUAACAUAUCUGAUGAUUCUGUCAGCGGCACUGGGUGCAUCGGUGGUGGUAUUAUGCCACGGGCAACUCUUUCCAAGCCAGUGGAGUACAUUGACUACUCCGAGCCACCUCUCGACAUGAAAAAGAACAGAACAAUCCCAACGAUGAUAAACAGCAGAAAUUCACUAGGAAGACUACAGUUGUUCAUCAGAGUUGCAAUAGGGAUGCACAUAGUGGAAUACUUUCAAUUGGACUUUGAAUUGAGUGUAAACGACCCUCCAAUGAACCUAACACUCAACGGCAGCUUUUAUGGCUCAUACAUGACCUUUGCCCUUCGUCUCACGCGGACCUGCUUGCCACUUUACUAUGGAGACAACUGCAGCAUCUACUGUAAACCAGAGGACAGUGAUGGCGGCCACUACACAUGUCUCAGUAAUGGCACUAAACAGUGUCUUCCUGGCUACCAGAACACCAGUACUGACUGCACAACUUGUGUACCAGCCACAGGCUGCAACCCAGACUACGGCUAUUGUAAGAAUCCAGGUGACUGCGUUUGUAUCAAAGGAUACAAGGGGGAGAACUGCAGUGGUCUGCUAGAUCCAGUGGCAGAGGUGUCUGGUGUUCCUCCCAGCACUUCAUCAACACCUGACUUCACAGAUGGGACGGGCAGAGCCAGUAUGGAAGUGGUUCCUCUGUCAGUUGGCAUGGCUGCUUUGUUUGUUGCUCUGAUGAGCAUUUUUGGUGUAACAGUACUUUGUCUCUUUCGUCGCAAGAAAUCCAAAGUUAUCGCUAUUUCUGCCAGUAAUGUUGAAGUUCUGCCUGUCAUUGCAUUGGAGACUAAUGCUGCAUAUUCCACCACCUCUGCUAUAACUACUGCUCCCAAUGCUGCGUAUGCCACAACGGCAGCAGGCAGAGUAAACAAUGAUGAGGAAUAUGAGACUAUUAGCUAAAAGUGUUAUGUAAUCCUUGUUUAGAUGUGUAUAUUUUCAUCAUGAAUGUGCAAAUGAUAAAAAAUGAUUCAACAAACUUUAAUAAAUUUUUUUGCCCUAACUGGUGGUCUAAAACAGUGGUAGUUUGUGGUGACGUCUUAUUAGUUUCUUCCAGUUUAGGCGUGACUCUUCUCUUGCAAAUGAACUAGUUCCAUUUGCCAUUCCCUCA